AACUUUUUACACUUUUUGACCUUCCUGCUCUCCGUAGUGGCGGUCCUAAGACAUCAAUUUCACAACAUUUACCAGCUUUAAAAACUUAAUUUCUCAACUUUCUGGUGGCCGUUGCCAUGGAGGAGGUGACCCGCCUGGUGUCGUCAGGAGACUGUGUGAAGAUCUGGGAUGCAGUUUCCAUGGCACCGCUGGAGCAGUUUAACCCACAUGAUAUAAGCCACCCUGUUGCGCAGGCCUGCUGGAGCUCUAACAAUCAGUUCCUGGUCACUGCUAGCAGCAGUGGAGACAAAGUGGUGCUGUCCAGUUUAAAAUCACCUCCUGUUUCAGUGAUGGAACUGGCAGAAGGAAAAAAGCAGACUCGUGUGUGUCUGAGUUCAUCGUCACGGUUUCUGGUCAGUGGAGGUUUGGAUCAUUGUGUUCACAUCUGGGACCUGAAAACCAGGCGGCUGCAUCACUCUCUCAAAGACCACAAGGAAGAGGUGACCUGCGUGUCAUUUAAUGCCAAUGACAGCUGCAUUGCAUCAGGUUCAACCAGUGGAGAUUUGGUUCUCCACAGUCUGACCACUAAUGUCUCCAGCAAGGCCUUCGGCCAUGGCAGCAAUCAGCCCAUUCAUGACUUGAAAUUGUCCACACUGAAGCGUUCCCUUCUGGGUAGUGUUUCUGGCAGUGGCACUCUGGUUCUGUGGGAUUCCAACACCCAGAAGGAGCUCCAUGUUUUUGAGCGUGCUCAUAAGGCACCGCCCUCUGGCCUGGAGUUCUCUCCUGCUAAUGAACUGCUGCUGGUCAGCGUCGGCCUAGACAAGAAGAUCGUGUGCUAUGACACUGCUAAAAAAAUUGUCCCGAUGUCCAUUCGGGUGGAAAGUCCACUGACGUCAGUUGACUUCACUUUGGAUGGUACUGGUGUGGUGGUUGGAUCCAUUCAAGGGAAGAUUUUCCAGUAUGACCUGAGGAACUUCAGUGCACCCACCAAGAUUACUAUGGCCCACAAAACGUCAGUCACCUGCCUGCGCUUCCAGAGUAACACGAGCCGAAUCAAGUCUAGCAAACUGAGCUCCAUCAAGACUUCUAGUAGUAAGCGACCGUCAACAAAGCUGCCAAGCGCCCAGAUGAACCCAAAUCCUAGUAGAGACCCCACUUCUUCCAGACAAACACAUACAGGGGGAGUGGAGGUGUUGUGCAGAGAGGCUGAAGGCCGGCAGGGGACAGAGCAAUCUCCUGUUAUGGAAAAAUUCAGCACAGUGGGGCGCAACAGUUUGGACAUGUUCUCUCCUGCUCGGGAAGACUCUAAGAUCCAGGGUAUGACUUCAGAGGCACUGUCAGGUAGAACACAAGCAACCAGUUUGGAGAUGCUGCCUAGAGACGAGGAGGGUCAGCAGGCUCUGGGUCGAGCUAGUCUGGAUGUCUUCUCCCCUGUCCGUGAAGACUCUCACCGUAAGACACCCCUGGGAACGCCUCUGGUCGCUUCUGGAGGCUACAGCCCGAUGUCAGUCUUCCAGACUCCGCAGCCAAUCAAAGAGGAGGAGUCAGUCCCUAGUGCAGCUCCUGAACCACAUGACUACAGAAAGUUGGACAAGGCCAGCAACUCCAGCCUCACAGGGGAGGGCCAGACCACACCCACAUCAUCUCAACCGACCAAUCAUAGCCAGACAGCCCCACCUUUUUUCACUCCAGAGCCAAGCCUCAGGCGAGCAAGUGUUCAAGGUCAAAUGAGCUACGCCUCUCCUGUGCAUGGAACCCCACCCACCACACCAGGUACAGGUUCAGCUGCAGCCGUGUCAAACUCCCUGUCCCAGAAUAUUGCAGAUGUGGUGGGUCAGGGAGGAGGUGUGCCUCUCACCUCCCUGCAGAUCCACUUCAUCCAGAACAUGAUCCAUGAAACUCUGGAGGACUUCAGGGAUGCCUGUCACAGAGACAUCGUCAAUCUCCAGGUGGAGAUGGUUCGGCAGUUUUACAUCCAGCUGAAUGAGAUUCACAGUCUGAUUGAGCGAUACUCUGUGAACGAGUCUCUGGUGGAGGAGAUUGAGAAGCUGAGAGAGGAGAACCGUAGACUCAAGACAAACUACUGAACGUCUUCAGGACCUCGUGUGUCGCUGUGCCCCGAGUGCAGACUCUCAGGUCGUGCCUCCUCUCAGACUAAAUAACAACUCAACAGUUUUCUCUUCUUGUCAGAGGUGAUUAAGAUUCCAGUGGAGGCUUGUGCUUUGGAUUUGUGACUUUCCAAAGAAGAAAAAAAAAAGUCUGAGCACAAUUUCCACCUGCGCUGCUCAUUCUUUGACAAAAAAAGUUUUCUUGUGGUAUUGUGCUGAGGAGCCUUGAGUCCCAGCGUGCACCUCAGCACAGCCAAAGUGGAGCACGCUGCCAUCCUGUUCUCGUUGCUAACCGGCUGAUUGAGGUCCAGCAGGACUUUACUGCUUCUUUCCAGCUGAAACGUUUGUGCCUGAAGCCCUGUAGUGUGUAGCGCCAUCUGCUGUUGACUGACAGCACAGCGUCAGAUUGUGUGAGUGAUGUAUGUUUUUGAAAUUGUUGACUAAACACUGAUGAAUUUCAUUUGAAAAAUGGAACUUAUUUUGGUAUCUCAUGAAAGGGGCAGUUCUUCACUUUGUAAAAAAUAAACUCUAAAACAGGCCACUUUUGUUUUGGAUUAUCUCAAGUGUGAAUACAUUUUUAUCAGCUUCCAUGUAAAUUACUCAUUCACUGUUUGCAAAUAAUACAGUACUACAUGCUUGGAAUUUAAGAUGUCUUUAAUUUUGAACCAUUAUUAAGACAUACCCCUUUAUACAAGAUAGUAAUAUUUUAGGAUCUGGUAAGGUUGACAUUUACAUAUGUGGAUAUGUUUGCAUGUUGUGCGUGCAUUGCUUAUCUUUUUAUUCAUGUGAAGCACAGCUUUUGUCAAUAUCAACAAUAAAAAAAGAUGUGUUUUGAUGGCAAACAAUGUCUCAAUCUUGUCAUUUUACAUACACCAGCAGAGGAAAGUACAUUUUUAUGUAUGGAUAGAUGGAAGGUAAUUAUAAUUGAGUAAUCUAUAUAUU